UUACAGUGAUUGAGGUAUUACUUGAUGGUUGAUCGCAUGUAAGCAUAUUUAAAUGCGUGUAAGGUCGUGCUGUUUACGUUUGUAUGCCCAUCUUAAUUCUGCUGCAUGGCGUCACAUAAUGCUUUGUGUAAUUACUUAAUGUGUGUGAUUAUUUAGCACUUGGCUAGCUUAUUAUGAGGUUUUUCGCUCCGAGGAACAAUUUCACAGAUCACCAACGAAGCUCUCAUGCUAACGUUAAGCUACUAGGGCCUCUUCUUUUGAGAUGAACACCGUGAGCUUUGGUUGAUUAAGUUGUUCUGUCGUGAUUCGUGCACUCGGAAAUACUUCUGUUAUGUUGAUCCUGAGCCCUCACCAUGUCCAGGUUUUUCCCUUUAAAUAUAUGACCGCUUCUUCCUUCACUGAUGCGCAAACAUAUAAAUCUACUGUCAGUUGCACGUUUAUGUACCCCUGGCGAAAAUGUAUGCAGUCUAAUACAGCGCUCUUCCAAUACAUUCCCCUUCAUGGUUGUUAGAAUGUUCAGUUUAUGUUGAAACAGAGGUGCCGAUUCAACUGCAUUAUAAGUUUGGAGGACGUGAUAGUUUGUGGUGUUGUUAAACUGUAUAGAAUUAAACACAUAGGUGUUCUUGCGAUUUAGCCUAACAUCGCUGAUUGAAAUGGGGUGGUUAAAAUCAUUGAAAUGCAUGUCAGUUCAACUCAACACAAUCACCUGCACCACAAACUGCAGUCUCCAAAUAUUAUCACCGUUGAAUCAACAGCUUUAUAAAGAAUAUUAAACAAAUACUGAACAUUAUGAACUUCAUGGAGCUAAUUAUUGCAGAACUGGUAUAUUAGACUGUUUUAGUUAAGUGUUCUGAGGAUGUCGUCAUUUUGUAGUCCAUUAUGAACCCUUGUGUCAAAGCCAUUUUCUCUAUGGGAAGAUAACGUGGGGAUUUUGAAUAAUCAAUCCUACCAACAUCUGUUGGUAACAAAGUACUCUGAAAUGUUCCUGUUUUGCCCUACAUAUUUUUUUUAUUGUCCUGUGAUCUUCUAUGGGGAGUGUAGGGUGAAGCCUGCUUUGUAGGUGCCAUUAUUCAAAAUCCUCAUAUUAUUUUCCAUAUACUAUACUUAUAUUCAUAUAUAGGCAAAAUAUGGUGUUUUGUAGUUCAUCUUCAGAGGUCUACGUACUGGCAAGUGAGUGUAUAUCGUUGUAACAUUGUCUUGUGGUUCAAGGUGAAAAUGUCACAACCACCCAUUAAUUCGCACAGCAGCUAUUAAUGUGUCAAACUUGAGUUUAAGUUAAUACUAAUUUAUUCUGAAAUUGACAUAAUUUAAUAAUGUUUUACAUUUGAACAGAAACACUACGAUGUAUAAAAGGAGCCCAGGAAGACGUGGUGAGAGACCUUUUACAGACGCUUAUGUCCCUGGUCAUGAUUUCGAUCCGCCAUGGAGAGUCCCUGAGGCACACAGCCCCCAGCAUUGGAAUGAUGCGCAUUUUCCAAGGAAAGGGCCCUCAAAUGAAUGGGGCAGGUUCAAAGAAGAGUUCAUGCCACACGCCGACCGAAGACCACAGUCAUCGGAGGAGUACAAGCCCAGACGUUCACCCUCAGAGUACUCAACUCGUCAGAGAAGUCCCCCGGGUGAGCUGCCUUUGGGAUAUGCAGAGCGGCGGAGGUUAUCCCCAAAAGCCUUUGAAGAAAGACAGACCCACUCUCCCAGACGGCUACCCAGAGAGAGCCUACCAUCACUGUUGACCUUUGACCAUCACCACAGACGUCCAGUCCCCAACUGGGGCAAGAACGAGCACGGCGUAGGCCACCCUGAAAGGCAGGAGAGUGGUGCAGGCAGAGGGCAGAGGGGACCCCGAGGGUCCAGUCCCAGAGGCAGAUCAUUUAAUCGGUCGCAGGAGAAGAGGCAUGACCGGAUGGAGCAUGGCUUUUACACAGAGGAGCACAACGAGCGGAAUAGUGAAAGGAGCCCGUUUUCCGAUAGGUUACAGCCCAAGAAGUCAGAGUUUAGAGACCAUCGCCCUGAUAAAAGAUCCAGAGAUUUGGGUCAUUAUGAGGACCACGGUGGCCCUCAAAGGCCCUACAGCCGAAGUCCGAGCCGUGCACCUGUCAUUGUUGAGCAUGACCAUGGUAUCUCACAGCGUGGAGGAGUGAACAGGAGUGGAGCAGGAGAAAGGAGGGACCACGUCCACCAUGCAGAACCUCCACAGGAUAGACACAGGAAGGAGGGAAGGCAUGAUGCUCGUGAGGAGCCAAGGAUGGAACCUCCCCCUAAAAGGAGGAGAAGUCCUUCACCUCCUAAUGUUCGAAAAAGGCACAAUGAGCCAUUAGGAGAUCACAAGCGGCCAUAUCACAUCCAGGAACAACCCACAAGAGCACCAGUUCAGGAUGUGGACUUGAGGCCAGACAGAGUGGACCAUGGUGGCUACUCGGGCCCAAAGUGGGAACAGCAAAGACCAGAUGUUAAACAACAAAGAGGCAAGGCCGCACCAGUGAUUGCUCCACAAAGGCCGCCGUAUCGGCACAGGAAUCCAAACGUGAACAGAGAUGCAUCCAUAACACCAAGAGUUGAUACCAGUGAACAAGAAACUCUCAAGAUCAGGGUGGACAUGAAUCGCUCCAUGGGUCAAGACAGCAGCUCUUUCAGUUACAACUCAGACAGACAGCUGUCUUUGGAUUUGGUCAAUGUGGGUCGACAGCGACUGGACUUCCUGCCUAUGCUGGAGCAUUCCGGGACCUUCAGGGAGACCCCAGUGCACACUGGGACUUUUGCACAGGAGAUAAUCACUUUGGUCCAUCAAGUCAAAGAAACUUACUUUAAAGGUGAAAAUGUUACACUGAACAAUCGCUUCUCCAGUGUCAUGACUGCUAACCCAGAGGUGAAUGAAGAGGUUGCGAUGGACAAAAGGAUAAAAGUUUCUGUGCCCGAAAUUAUGCCCCUCUUCUCUAAGAUUGAGAACACGCAGCAGCCACAGAGACGGCUGCUGGCCUGCGAUCCCAGUGACCUCCGUCAUGACCUUGAGAGGCGAAGACAGGAACGUCUAGAGGGAGUGAAGGUCACCAUUUCUGGUGCCAGCUUCUCUCAAGCUGUGCCCGAAAGUGUGGAAAGAGAGCCAGUUUUUAAAGUGGAUGAGAGGAGGGGUGAUGAAGAUGACCGUCGCUGGGCUGAAGAAGGCCCAGAGGGACGCAGGGAGUGGGGUGGUCAAAUGACUGACAUACGUCAAAGAAUGUCUGAACCCAACCGGAGGGACUUCAAUCGGAGGUUUAACCGCCCUGGGUCUCAGCCUGGCCCCAGCCGGCAUUACAACAAUGCUAAUGGUGCCAACUGGUAACCAGAAGACUCUCUGGGGGUGACCAUUUGAGGAGAGAGGAAAGCACACUGUUCCACUUCCAUUUCUGAAGAAGGACAUGGAACAGUGGAACACAAGACGUGGAGCUGAUUGAAAUUAAUUUCCGCUAAAAUAAAUCCUCAAUUCGUGGAUUACGCUGUUAACAAAGUUCAGCUCGGACAAACGGACUGAAAGGAUCUAAUGUAACGAGUAUGUGUACAGUGUAAUUACAAUAACUACAGUGUGAUGGUUCUGAUUUAUUUUCUUUCAUAGUUUGUGUUUAAUGUAGAAAAAUAACAUUUAUGUAUUUGAAUGGUUGGUUUGGUAUGGUUUGAAGAUUGAUUAAUCAUACUGACUAACAUUUUCUUACUCUUCAGGUAAUAUUGUUUUAAGAACACAUAAUUUGUGCCCCACCCCCAAUUAUUUGUCAUGCUUAUGAGAGCCUUGGUUCAUUCCUCAUCUUGAUGUAUUUUGUCUAAUAAACUUUCCUCUGGUUAAA